CAUGGUUGGUUGUAGCUGGUAAUAACAACGGAACACAUGAAUACAGGAGGUACUUUACCUCUAGCUAGCUUGUGAGUAAAGUUAGCAAACAUUAGUUGUUUUCUUGUGGCUGGACUUUGAAUCGUGGGUUUUCUUCGAGGCUUUAGAAUUAGCUGUUUUUACAACCUACACAUGAUACAACAUUCUUGAAAAUAUCAUUAGGGAGAUGGAUACAUGGGACUUGUUCUAAAGCACUGUUCUCUAUCUAGCUAGGCUAGUGCUUGUAUGUUUGCUGUUAUCUGAGUCGAUGUAGCUGGAUAUGCUAGCUAGUUAUGGUUUGUUUACUAAGCUGUGUUAGCGGACAAGCAUGCUAUGAUAGGAGUUAUUCUUGUCCAGCGUAGUAUCUGACUACUCUGUAGUCACAACUAAGACAUGGUGGACAGCUAAGUACAUACGACCAAUUUUUCAAAUCUCGCUUCUUAGCAAGCAAAUAAUUUCACGUUGGGACUACAAUUACUGCAUGUACCGUAGCUCGCUAACUAGCCCUAACCUAGGUUAAACAUGCCUUGCACUUGUGGGAACUGGAGGAGGUGGAUAAGGCCCUUGGUUGUGUUACUGUAUAUUUUAUUGCUACUUGUGGUGCUGCCGCUGUGUGUUUGGGAACUGCAUAAAUCUGGGGUUGGCACUCACAACGAAGCAUGGUUCAUCGCUGGUAUAUUUGUGUUCAUGACUAUACCCAUAUCUCUGUGGGGAAUCCUGCAGCAUCUUGUGCACUACACUCAGCCUGAACUGCAAAAGCCAAUCAUCAGGAUAUUAUGGAUGGUACCAAUAUACAGUUUGGACAGCUGGAUUGCUCUGAAGUAUCCCGGCAUUGCCAUCUAUGUGGACACAUGCAGGGAAUGCUAUGAAGCUUAUGUCAUCUAUAACUUCAUGAUCUUCCUGCUGAAUUACCUGGGGAACCAGUAUCCCAGCCUGGUGUUGAUGUUGGAAGUCCAAGAACAGCAAAGACAUCUACCACCAUUGUGCUGUUGUCCACCGUGGCCUAUGGGAGAGGUGUUGUUAUUCAGGUGCAAACUCGGUGUUCUGCAGUACACAGUCGUCAGACCCGUUACUACGGUUAUUGCACUGAUCUGCCAGUUGUGCGAUGUGUAUGAUGAAGGCAACUUCAGCUCCAGAAACGCGUGGACCUACCUGGUGAUCGUCAACAAUGUCUCCCAGCUGUUUGCCAUGUACUGCCUGGUGCUGUUCUACAGGGCUCUGCGUGAGGAGCUGAGCCCCAUCCGGCCGGUUGGGAAGUUUCUGUGUGUGAAGCUGGUGGUGUUCGUGUCUUUCUGGCAGGCCGUGUUCAUCGCCUUCCUGGUGAAAGUGGGAGUCAUUUCAGACUCUCACACGUGGGACUGGGACAGCGUGGAGGCAGUGGCCACAGGACUGCAGGACUUCAUAAUCUGUGUGGAGAUGUUUCUGGCUGCCAUUGCUCACCACUUCAGCUUCACCUACAAGCCCUACAUCCAGGAGGCCGAGGAGGGCUCCUGCUUCGACUCCUUCAUGGCCAUGUGGGACAUCUCUGACAUCCGUGCGGACAUCUCUGAACAAGUGCGCAACGUUGGACGGACGGUUCUGGGCCGUCCCAGGAAGAUGUAUUUUGGAGAGGAUGAGCAGGAGCAGAACGAGCACACCAGCCUGCUUUCAGGGGGGUCCCAGGACCCCAUCACAGAGACCGCCUCCAUCCCGCCCUCGCCCACGGGCCGCUACCAGGGCCUGGGGCGCACCCGCACCCCCCACUCCCGGUCCGCCCCCGCGGGACUCAGUGUGUUGGGCUGGGAGGAGGACGCCAUCCGGCCAAACUCUCCCCCCCCAGACCCGAAAGACCUCCCCAGCCCAGAUGCUAAAGACCUCCCCAGCCCAGAUGCUGAAGACCUCCCUGGCUCAGGCAGCCGCCCCACUUCCUAGUGUCUCGCAGGCAUCGCUAUCACCAUCCCCCUCCCCCCCCCCC